CAGUAAGUAACUUAAAUGUCAUCUUGUUUUUAUAUCUGUGGACUUAAUGGCCUGUCUGGGUCAGCCGAGUAUGUUUUCUUUGCAAUUACUGGCUACGGCGGAAUGAUGGAGGACCAGGAGGACGAGACCUGCAGCAUUUACCCAGCCGUGCUGCCCAGCGGCAGUGAGAUCCAGGCACGGCUUCGGCGGUUUGUGGAGGAGGGACUGCACACCUCUGUGCUGACGGGUGUUUUGAUCGGCAUGGCGGUUGGCCUGUCCGUCAUCGGCUUUGUUCUGCUCAUCAUCUACAGGAGACACAAGCUGGCCAAAGAUCGGCAGCCAGAUGCUCCCCAUUAUCGCUUCCGGAAAAGAGACAAGAUGCUCUUCUAUGGCAGAAAGAUAAUGAGAAAGGUACAGACCUUAUCUUCUGUCCCUCCCAACUCGAGCUCAGUAUCACGGCAACGACUCCGAAAGAGAGCAAAAGUCAUGUCUAUAGCUCGCCAGAUCUUGCAGAUACGGAGAGAGCCCCCCAGCCUGGAGCCCAAGGAGCCCCCCUCCUCGCUGCUAGAGGCCGACCUGACAGAGUUUGAUGUCCAGAACUCCCACCUGCCCUUGGAGGUGCUCUACAUGCUGAAGAACGUGAGGGUGCUGGGCCACUUCGAGAAGCCGGUCUUCCUGGAGCUGUGCCGCCACAUGGUGUUUGUGGAGCUGCAGGAGAGCGAGAACCUCUUCCAACCCGGCGAGACGGACGACAGCAUCUACGUGGUUCAAGAUGGCCACCUGGAACUCUGCAUCCGUGAGAACGACGGCACAGACGCGGUGGUGAAGGAGGUGCUCCCUGGAGACAGCGUCCAUAGCCUGCUCAGCGUCCUGGACGUCAUCACCGGCUACGUCGCCCCGUAUAAGACGGUGUCGGCCCGGGCUGCAUCGCACUGCACGGUGCUGCGCCUGCCAGUCACCGCCUUCCAGGCGGUCUUUGAGAAGUACCCAGACGCCCUUAUCCGUGUUAUUCAGAUCAUCAUGGUACGUCUCCAGAGGGUCACCUUCUUGGCUCUGCACAACUACCUGGGCCUGACCAACGAGCUCUUCAACCCGGAGAGCCAGGCCAUCCCACUGGUGUCGGUGGCCACCGUUAUGGGGGAGGGCAGCCCCGCCAGGGCCUUCCGGAGACAGCCAGCAGCUCCUGGCGCUGAUGUCAGCAUGGUGUAUGAGCGAGCCGAUGCCCUCCUAGAGGAUGCAUCCCCCAGCCCCACACACAGGUCCAUCUUGAAAAAGAGCAUAAACGUUCAGCACACCCCUGCUUCCCUGUUCCACUACGCUGACACCAGGGGGCAGCGUGAGCACAUCUUCCAUCACAGCAGAAUUAACGCCAUCUUCCAGGCAGCAAAGAAGGACCUCCUUAACUUCUUACAGCUUAAAGAUGCCAGCGUUCUGGAGGGUCGUGUGGACCUGCGUCAUGUCAAACCCGGCUCUGUGCUGGCGAAGCAGGGUGACCAGGACAUGAGCGUGCAGUUCGUCAUCUCGGGCCUGUUGCACGUCUACCAGCGCGUCAUCGACCGCGACGAGGACACAUGCCUGUUCGUGGCACACCCUGGCGAGAUGGUGGGCCAGCUGGCAGUGCUGACAGGGGAGCCGCUCAUCUUCAGCGUGAGGGCGCAGCGCGACUGCAGCUUCCUGUCCAUCACCAAGGCCAACUUCUACGACAUCAUGAGAGCCGAGCCUCGCGUGGUCCUGACCAUGGCCCACUCGGUGGUGAAGAGGGUCUCCCCGUUCGUUCGGCAGAUCGACUUUGCGUUGGACUGGAUGGCGGUAGAGGCCGGACGCGCCCUCUACAGGCAGGGUGACAAGUCCAACUGCACCUUCAUUGUCCUGAGCGGCCGUCUGCGCUCUGUCAUCAUGAAGGAGAGCGGCAAGAAGGAACUGAGUGGGGAGUACGGGCGAGGAGACCUCAUCGGCGUGGUGGAGACGCUGACCCAUCAGAAUCGGGCCACCACGGUACACGCGGUGCGGGACUCCGAGCUGGCCAAAUUCCCAGAGGGGGCUCUCAGCUCCAUCAAGAGACGGUACCCGCAGGUGGUGACGCGAUUAAUCCAUCUGCUUGGCCAGAAGAUCUUGGGAAACCUACAGCGAGUCAGUGGACCUCUAGCAGCUCAUGGCUUGGCCCUGCACUCCCCCCUCAGCCAGUGGGACACAGUGAACCCAGCCUCAAACCUGUGCACUGUGUCCGUCCUGCCUGUGUCAGAGGAUGUGCCGCUUGCUGCCUUCUCGCUGGAGCUGCAGCACGCCCUGGAGGCCAUCGGUCCCACCCUGUUGCUCACCAGUGACAUCAUAAUGCAGCGCCUGGGGGCCACUGCCCUCGACAGUGCACACGAGUACCGCCUCUCCAGCUGGCUGGGUCACCAGGAGGAUAUUCACCGCAUCGUGCUCUACCAGUCUGAUGGCUCCCUUACCGCCUGGACCCAGCGCUGCAUCCGACAGGCCGACUGCAUCGUCAUCGUGGGGCUGGGGGAGCAGGAGCCCAUGGUUGGGGAGCUGGAGCGCAUGCUGGAGGGAAGUGCGGUCAGGGCCCAGAAACACUUGGUCCUGCUGCACCGUGAGGAUGGGCCGCCCCCCCAGGGCACAGCAGACUGGCUGAACAUGCGCAGCUGGAUCUCGAGACACCUACACCUGUCCUGCCCUCGGAGGCUGUUCUCCAGGAGAAGCCUGCCCAAGCUGAGAGAGAUGUAUCAGCGGCUGUCCCAGAAGCCACCCCAGCGACACUCCGACUUCUCUCGCCUUGCCCGAGUCCUCACUGGCAAUGCCAUCGCCCUGGUGUUUGGGGGCGGUGGAGCCAGGGGCUGCUCCCAGGUGGGGGUGCUGCGGGCCCUCACGGAAGCCGGCAUCCCUGUGGACAUGGUGGGCGGCACUUCUGUCGGUUCCCUCAUGGGGGCGCUGUAUGCAGAGGACAGGAGCAGCAACCGGAUGAGGGUGCGAGCCCAAGAGUGGGCCUUGGAGAUGACAUCGGUGUUUAAGAAGGUUCUGGAUCUGACCUAUCCUGUCACAUCCAUGUUCUCGGGGGCUGCCUUCAACUCCAGCAUCAGCUCCGUCUUCAAGGACAAGCAGAUUGAGGACCUGUGGAUCCCAUAUUUCAACAUCACCACUGACAUCACAGCCUCCUCCAUGAGGGUGCACACAGAUGGGUCUUUGUGGAGGUACGUCCGUGCCAGCAUGUCGCUUUCGGGAUACCUGCCCCCCCUCUGUGACCCUAAAGAUGGACAUCUGCUCAUGGACGGGGGGUACAUCAACAACCUGCCCGCGGAUGUGGCGCGCUCCAUGGGAGCCAAGGUGGUGAUCGCCGUGGACGUGGGCAACCAGGACGAGACCCACCUGACCAAUUAUGGCGACUCCCUGUCAGGGUGGUGGUUGCUGUGGAAACGGCUCAACCCCUUGGCAGAGAAAGUGAAGGUGCUGGACAUGGCGGAGAUCCAAACGCGGCUGGCCUACGUGUGCUGCGUGCAGCAUCUGGAGGCCAUGAAGAGUAGCGAGUACUGCGAGUACAUUCGGCCGCCCAUCGACUGCUACGGCACGCUGGAGUUUGGCAAGUUCCACGAGAUUACUGAGGUGGGCUACCAACACGGGAAGACAGUGUUCGACGUGUGGCGGCGCAGUGGCAUAGUGGACAGCAUGCUUAAGGACAGGCACCAGGAGUACCACAGAACCAAGAGGAACCAUCUGCUCACGUGCCCCAACGCAUCCUUCACAGACCUGGCGGAGAUCGUGUCCCGUAUCGAGCCAGUCAGACAUGCUUAUGUGCAAGUGGAGUCGGACUGCCAGACAGACUAUGAUGAAGAGGCCAUGGAGAGUGCCCUCUCUGACUUUGACACGUCUGCUCAGCUGGGAGAAAUCACAGAGGAGGAGACGGCCAACACUGAUGAAGAAAUGGAAAUGAAACGCAGGGAUGAGGGCCCCGCCCCUCGCUGAGGAUCUCAGCUCUCGAUCGACCCUCACACCCUCCCCACACGAGACCAGGGAGUGUCGCUUAUUUUUUUUAAAUACAUUUUAGAAUCAGAAUCAGAAUUUUCAAUCAGAAUGAAAAAUUUCGCUCAUUCCUGACAGUGUCACCAGUGCAGAACAAAGACGCAUCAAAGGAAUGUUACAGAAACAAUAAAUAAAGUACAAAUAACCAUUAUGCCAUUACAGAAUAAAAAAACAAUAAGAGUAAACAAUAAAUAAUCCAAGGCCAGGAUUCAUAAUAAAAAAUAAACUUAGUUUAUUUAUCUACUAUUUUUAGUAGAGUUUAUAGACUGAGUGUGUAAACAAAGGGUCAAGCGUGAAAGAGCCCAAAAUAGCAGUAGGAACAGUUUGGCGUCAGGCCACAGCUCCUGGGAAGAAGCUGUUUUUCAGCCUUGAGCUCCAUGACUUCAGGGUUUGCCAGGUGGUGGGGAGGCUGACAGCUGGUGUCCGGGGUGUGUGGGAUCCCGGCUGAUGCCCUGGGCCCCCCAGGUCAGGUAGAGCUCUUCCAGGUCUGUUAGCUCUUCACCGAUGAUCUGCUGUGCCAUUCCAAAAGUUAAGUGAGCUUUGGACCACGACCAGCCAAUAAGAGUAAACGGACGCUUAAUGAUCUUAAGUCUGAAGUAAGAGGCUGAUAUUAGAGACAUAGGAGGAGAUUAGUAAUGGAUGAUUAAAUAUGAUAGACGUCAAAACAAUGACUGAGCCAAUUUAAUCCACCUGGUAAUAUACUGCAUUGAUUAGUCACUACUUACUAACUGCUAUUACUGCAAACCCAGCAGCAAAAUGUAUCAGAAAAGACCAUUUUUUUCCAGAUUUCAGCUUGAAAUAUUCACAGGCAGCUUUAAAUAUAGUACACUGGCCACACUCAGAGCUGGGGCCGAAUUUCAGAGACAAGGUAGUCAGGCAGCCUUGAGACGGUACCUGGGUUCAGAGUGGGUGGCUAAUGGACCUGCCCAAAGCUCAGUGAAAACGGUGCUAAGCACGAAUCUCGUCUGGGCUGAGGUCACGCUGCUGGAUUUAUUCUUUGAAUAGCGUGAAGAGGCUUUGUUCCUGAUGCUUAUGUAUAACUUUUUAGAGUACCUGUUGCCGAUGGUACCUCUGUUCAUACCGAUUGGCCGCUUACCGAUUAAUGGUGUUACUUCACAUUAGUUACACAUUUACAUUUAUUAAUGCUCUGAGACAGAGCAGCAUCCCAUCUGGGGCGUAGCCUGGCCACAUGCCCUGCGCUCUCUGGGGUAGAUCCAAAGGCCUCACCGCAGCACUGACCAGGAGGUCAUAUCAAAUCAUGUUUAUUUUCGCCUUUCCAAAGGUGAAACACCAUCUUCCUCCCUGGCAUUUGAGGAAGCAGCUUUUCUCCAACUCUCCAGCCUGUAGAUCAUCUGCUCCAUUCUGCUGCAUGCUACCUUUUACAUCUGAAAUAUCAGAGGUGUCUAAGAAAUGCCACAGAGUGUGGAAUAUCCAGUACAGUUUAGCAUUUAAACCUUGGAUUCCAUUGGAUUGUAUUUGCAUUUCUUGGAUUACUGCAGACAAAUUAUAAUGCCACAAACCUACUGCAUCGGCAAUAAAUUAAAAAAUAUUUCUGUGCAGAUUUGUGUUUUUGCCCUCUGUGGAUGUGUAGGAGUAUCGUGUAGGAGAGCAUUUGAUAUUGGGGUGAGGGGACACAGCUUAAUAAUUUAAAACCAGAGGUCUGCAUGAAGCCAGAUUAAAUAUUUAGUUUGUACACCCAGUGUAUGUAAUUAAUGCUUUUUAAGAGGAACAUGCAGGGAGGCUUGGGCCGUAAGUACAGGUUCAGACAUUUAUCUAGCACUCCUGAGGAAUGUCAUGGGAAACCAGGGCUUUGCUCAAGGGCCCAACGAGGAUGUGACUAUUCUGCCAAGGAUGGAGUUUGAACCCGUGACUUUCUGGUUUCAGGAGCAGAGGCCUGAGCCACAGCACCCCCCUCCCCAGCCAGGGAGCAUUAAUCCUGGGCUCCACACAAACGCGUCAUGUAAGGCUGUGUCUCUGGUGCCUCACAUGAUCUCCUGAUCCUGAUCUCCUGUCUCACUCUGUUCAGUUAUCACUAACCUCAAAGUUUCCAUCUGGUUGGGACGGUUCCCCCAGGCCCCUCGGCAUGUCCACACGGGCUCCUGUUCUCCUCCUGCAGCUCGUUACGGUAUUAAACCCUUCAGCUGGUCAUGCUUCCCAGCACAGCAGGACCGCAAUCUUCCCCCCAGCGUCGUCAAAGAUCUUUACCCUCUGAGAAAUUAGCUCAGCUCUCUGUAUUAAUUGAUAUCGUCUGUAAACUCAGUCACUAAUUUUUUUCGACGCGAUUCUAAGGAAAUCUAUGCCCAAUGAUGAUGUUAGAUGUUACUGCAUCCAGAAUGGUUUGCGUUCAAGGGCUUAUUUUAAAACUGUUGUCCAAUCUAUUAAACAAAACUAUCAGUGAAAUGAAUGAUUAAGCCAUAAAACCUGUGACUUUUUUCACACUCGUGGGCUUAGGGCACCUCAUGUUCUUCAAUCUUGCAGUUUCCAUGGUUGCCCUGAUGUCAGCUUCCAGUUGACUGAUAUCUCGUUAUAACAUUGACACCCACUCAUCUGAGCUCUUCUUAUGACAUGCAAAAGCUGUACUAAACAAAAAAGCAUGACAAGCAUUAUUAGACAAACUGACAUAUCUUGUUUUCAAAAUCAAUACAUUGAGGAGAUCUGUUAAGUAAUAUUGCAAGUUGUAGCUGUCUGCUAUUAAAUGUAUUUCUUGGUAAGUCAGUAAUUGUACUUGUAAUACAGGUAAUCCAACACCAUGUCUACUCACACCUGAGGUAAAUAAAUUUAUGAAAAAAUGUU